CUCCGCCGAGAGUUCAGCCGCACACGCUCGGAUUGUCGUUAUUCCUGCCGAGGACGACCCUGUCAAAGCCGGGAUUUAUGGCCGCCAAGAAGUGGUAGUAUCGACGGGGAGAUAUUCGGCGUCUGGAAGGAAAAUUGGCUGCGGCCUAGGAUGCCCCGAAGCUUUGUCUGAAUCAGCGGGUUCUGGUGCUUUCACAACUAUAGUGCGCAAUACAACCGGGAGCCACAUAGCCUGGCAGGUUCCAGAAGUAGGUGCUCUCUGCUUCACCAACUGGGACUCCAUGGCUGCCAGUGCUGCCGCUUGAUUCAUUGCACUGUCCAGAAUCCCCCACAUUUGAGGCUUGAAUAGUGCUCAUCAUUGUUGUACUACGAUUGGUACCUGUGACCCGUAGCUUCAUGGAGGGGUUUCCUGUCCAUUGACCCAGCAGGCUGCCUUACUGGACCAGCAGCCAUGUCCGCUUGCAGCACCUUCACCGAGCACGUGUGGAAACCAGGCGAGUGCAAGAACUGCUUCAAACCUAAGAGUCUGCACUGUCUGGCUCAGAGUGGUGAAAGGAAGCCUCCUUCUGAGCAGAGGCCUCCAACAACUCCGCAACAAAACCCACCACCUGCAGGGGCCAGGGCCAACCCUAAUCUUACCAACAACUCUCAGAGGGCUGGCAGCGGGUCUUCCCGCUCAGGACACUUCCGUCCACCUGUGGCUAAAAAGCCAACUAUUGCUGUUAAGCCCACUAUGAUGCUGCCCUGCUCCUCUAUGGGACUGGAUUCUGAUGGUAACCUGCCACGACCACCAAAUGUGAUAGAACAGGGCAAAACAUCAGCCUUUACGGUCUGGAAUCGAAAUGGACUGAAUCGUAAGAGGCCUGGAGGGCCCAGUAACAACAACGAAGGAGAGGAUGGCAGUGAGGAGAUUGAGGGUUAUGGGCAACUUAGCCCAAUGACCCCGAGUGGGAAUAACAACAAUAGUGGACUGACAGAUGUCUUAAAGGAGAUUGCUGGAUUAGGCCCUGGCCUGAGCCCCACACCCCUUUGUGGUUCCAAGGACUUGUUUUGGGGACGAAUCAGUAGUUCAUACCGACGGUCAUUGGAAAGAGGCCUUCCAGCCUCAAGCUGUCUGGCUAUGGGAAGCAGUAGUAGUUGUGGUGGCAGCACUGCUCAAAAACAGGUGUCGCUUAGCGAUAGCAAUGAAAUCAUUAGUACUGAGGGUGGUCGGUUUUGCUACCCAGAGUUUUCCAGUGAAGGCGAAGAUGAUGACGAAGAGGAAGAUGAGGAAGAAGAGACUGAAAGGGAUGAUGAUGAACAUGAGAGCUGGGAUGAAAGUGAUGAAGAGUUGCUAGCCAUGGAGAUUCGAAUGCGAGGCCAGCCACGAUUUGCAAAUUUCCGUGCUGCUACAUUGUCUCCAGUGCGUUUUGCUGCAGGGAAAAAGUGGAAUACUGUACCACUUCGCAACCGCUCACUACAGCGGAUUUGUGCAGUGGACUAUGAUGAUAGCUAUGAUGAGAUUCUGAACGGAUACCCCUCCAUGGACUCGAAUGGAGCUCUACUUCCCUAUGGGAGCCAUGACAUGCAAGGCAGUGCUUUCCUAUCAAAUUCAGAGUCUACCACUUCUCCAGAAUCAUCGUCAUCGCUACCAGAGGAUUCUCGAACAACUUCUAGCAGUGGGAGCAGUGCCCCAUGUGCUCUUCGAAAUGGUUUGAAGUCUCCCACAUCUUCUAAGGCACCUGUCGCCUGCACUUCUCCAAAAAAGGAGCCUGUCCAAAGAGCACUGAGUCCACUCAAGGUGACUGAAACACACAAGGCUGUACUGGCCAUUAGAUUAGAAGAUCAGGAUUGCAGAGAAGGCAUGCCAAUGCCCCAGGCUCUUCCAGGUCAACCAGUCACUAUCAGUUUCAGUCCUACAGAGGAGCAAGCUAAACCAUACCGUGUAGUGAAUUUGGAGAAAUCUCUCAUCUGUAAGCCUUACACUGUUGUGGAUGUGUCAGCAUCCAUGGCCAACAAAGACGAACAGAUUCCAGACUCUUCUCCAAAACCCAAAAACCUGUCAAUGCCUUCAAGCCCUACAUCAUUUUGUAACACUCCUUUAGGUCAGCCCCUGUCUCCAUCCUCCCCUGUUUCUCCAACUAUUCCUGUGAUGCCAACGUCACCCACAUCUAUAGCUCCAUCAGGUACCUCUCGAAAGAAACCAGGGAGCAUACGCUACCAAGAAGUGUGGACAUCAAGCACAAGUCCUCGCCAGAAAAUACCUAAAGUGGAUCUAGGAGUUGGAAACAAUCCUGGCCCCUCCAUCCCUACUCAACACUGCAGCCACAAGUCAGCUCCCACUUCUCCCAUUGCUGGGCUGUCUUCCUCCCGAACUGUACCUGUGAAAUCUCCCAAUUUAUCAGAGAUCAAGUUUAACAGCUUCAAUAAUGCAGGCAUGCCUCCUUUUCCCAUUAUUAUUCGAGAUGAGCCAGCUUAUGCCCGCAGCUCAAAGAAUGCUGUUAAGGUACCUAUUGUUAUCAAUCCAAGUGCAUAUGACAAUCUAGCUGUGUACAAGAGCUUCCUGGGACUCAGUGGGGAACUGCCACAGCCAAAGGGUGUAGGUAGUAGGGUAGCCAGCCAUACUUAUGAAGAGAUUGGAUCCUCUGAGAGUGUCCAGUCCUCCUCAACAGAGAAAACUAUCUCUGGUAGAGGCACAUCAGAGAGAGCCUCUUUUGAAGAGACAAAAGCUCCACCUGAAGCAGUGUCAAAAGCACCAAAUUUACAACCUAGAACCACUACAGACUUGAGCACUGUGACAAGCACUGUGAUGAGCUCCACAGCUGGGGCCCUCUCUCCCACUAUAUCAACAAAUUCCCCUCCCACUCUUGCCAUUACUGCAAACCUACCUAAAACCAACCCCAUUGCCAAUGCUGUUACACGCACUUGCAAAACAAGUGGAGAAACUCCUUGCAGUAAAGAUGGUAGUACAGACUUACAUUUUUCUUCGGGGACAACAUUAAGCCAAAAGGAAGAGGCCAGCGUUGUGCUUUUACAGAUUGUGGCCUCCAUCCACCCACCCCAGUCUCCUCCAGAGUCACCUUCAGCACAAACAAAAACCCUCAAUUCUGAGGAGCUGUAUGCUCUCCCACCUGAUGCCAUGAAGGAGACCCUCACCCGACCGAAGUCCCUCUUUUCUACAACUGAUGGCUGUCUUUCCAAGCCCAAGAAGGACACGCCCUCCAAAGUUUUGUCAAAAUCCCAGAGUGCCUCUGCUGCUGUUCCACUAUCCAGCCCCCGUUCAGAGCCCAACGCCCCCUUCCCCCCUCCUAGAUCUACAUCUUCCCCUUACCAUGCUUCUAACAUCCUCCAGAGACAUUUUGGCAACUGGACCAAGAGUUCUGCCUCCAGUUCUCCGGUACGACCCAGUGAAGGUGAAGCAAGUCCAGGUGGAGAGGGGAGACGCAUUUCAACAGAUAGCUCUAAGCCCAAACGCUGGAUCUCCUUUAAAAGCUUUUUCCGUCGGCGGAAAGAUGAAGAUGAACAGAGAGAAAGGGUAGAGCGAGAGAAGGAAAAAGGCAAGCUCGUUGGCCUUGAUGGAACAGUCAUUCACAUGCUUCCACCACCACCAGUCCAACAUCAUCACUGGUUCACCGAGGCCAAGCCAGAGGAUCCCACCCAGAAGCCAACUAUCAUCUUCACCUACAAACCAGAGAGUGGCAACACAUCUGGUGAUGGAGAAGGAGAACUACGAGUCGAGGAGUGCAGAGAAAAUACACCACUGACACCUGAUGAGAGCAAAGAACCUGGACCCUUGAGUCCUGGGCGAACACCUGCCUCACACUCCACUGGAUGUGACCUCAUCAGCAAGGAUAUCAGCCAGGUACCAGUCAGUGCCAGCAAUGCCAGGGAUCGGGAGCUGCCCGGUGCCGCCUCCUUGCCUGCCAAAGUGAAUCUGGGGCUGGUGCUCGGGGAGAGCGAGGAGGGCCAUGCCAACCAGGUUGCCACACCAGCCUCAGCCAGCGAGGGCAGCGCCAGCCUCGGAGAGCCAGAGGAGGACGGGAAUCAAUCCCAUCACUCCCACUCUACCGCCUCCAGCCAAUGCAGUGCCACCUACAGCAACCUGGGUCAAUCCAGAGCCAACAUGAUCCCACUGAAACAGCCACGCAACAUCAAAGCAUCCAACGAUACCUUGGCCUCCAUCGACCUGGACAGCCUCGCUGACCAGCCAGCUGCUAAAGCCACACCGCCACCACUGCCUAAGAAGGCUGUACCUCGCUCCAGCACUGAACCCAACCUCGGAGGCAAAGAGCCAGCCCAGGGAGCCCUGAGACCUCGAGCUGAGGCUAAACCUGGGGGCACGAACCUGAGUGUAGCCAACCCUCUCUACGACCUGGACUCCACGUGGGAGACAGCUAGUCAGAGCUCCUCUCUCAGCUCAGAGCCUCAUCGAGCCCACGACCACGAGAGCGGCGACUCCCUGGAGAGGCCAUCUGCUGCCACGGCUGCCAACAAGGGCCGCCCGACUAACAGCAUGUCCUCCCUGGUUCUCCAGCCUGCAUCUGCUGCACCCAGUGCCACCACUGGCAGAGAGAGGAGGGUCUACCCGAGUACAGAGUCUUUAGCUGGAAGGGGUCGGACAGCAGGUCGAGGUGCUGCUGCUGGAAGCUCCAAACCCCAGAGACCUGCUCUUUAUAGGGGGCUAGACAGCUGGGAUGAGGUGGUGGGAAGGAUCCGAGGGCUCCACACAGACACGCUGCGGAAGCUGGCGACAAAGUGUGAGGACCGUUUCAUGGCUGGUCAGAAGGAUCACUUGAGAUUUGGCACUGACAGCUGGUCCCACUUCAGGCUCACCACUGGGAAACCCUGCUGUGAGGCGGGGGAUGCCGUAUACUACACUGCCUCCUACGCCAAGGACCCACUGGUCAACUACGCCAUCAAGAUCUGUCGGAGCAAAGUGAAGGAGACCCAGCAGCAGUUUUUUCACAGCCUGGCAGUGAGACAGAGCCUGGCCGUGAACUUCAACAUCCAGCAAGACUGCGGGCACUUCCUGGCUGACGUGCCCACCCGCCUGCUGCCCUGGGAAGAGGAAGAAGAUGAGGAGGAGGAAGAGGAUGAGGAGGAAGAUGUAGACGGGCUGAAAGAGAAAGAAAUUAAAACUGAAACCAAGACGACAGAGUCCAAAGCCCCAAAUGGUAAAUUAGAUGAAGCUCCAGCAGCGGGGCACAUAAACACCGCUGGCCGCUUGAAGAGCCGAGUGGUGGUCAUCACACGGGAGGUGCCCUUCCAGACGGUGGCUGACUUUGUCCGAGAAGGCGUGGCGCGACACGCUCAUAACCCAGAGCUGUACGAGCGACAGGUGUGUCUCCUGCUGCUGCAGCUGUGCUCCGGCCUGGAGCACAUGAAGCCUUAUCAUGUGACCCACUGUGACCUGCGGCUGGAAAACCUGCUUCUGGUGCACUGCCAACCUGGCAACCCCUGGAACCUGGACAUUCUUGAACCCAACAACAACAGCAACAGCAGCAGCGGCAGUUCAGGCGCAACCUCCGCCAGCGCUGCCGCAGCUGCCGCCAACGCCACCUGCCCCGCCCGCCUCAUCAUCAGUAACUUCUCCCAAGCAAAACAGAAGAGCACUCUCAUGGCCGCCGACCCUGGUACGCUGCGCGACCAGUCACGCCUGGCACCUGAAAUUGUCACAGCGACUCAGUACCGCAAGUGUGAUGAGUUCCAGACUGGGAUUCUCAUCUAUGAGAUGCUGCACCGGCCCAACCCCUUCGAGGAGACGCCGGAGCUGAAGGAGCGGGAGUACACCUGGGCGGACCUGCCACCGCUGCCUGUCAGGUCGCUCUACUCGCAGGGUCUGCAGCAGCUGGCCCGCUUACUUCUCACCGUCAACCCCUCGGAAAGGAUCCGCAUGUCCGAGGCCCGGGCCUGCCUGCAGUGCCUGCUCUGGGGCCCUCGUGAGGACUUGUUCCAGGCGCUGGGCUGCAGCAGCACAGGCCCCAUGUCGGGGGCCACUUCCAGCCAGCGCGAGGCCACCCUCCAGAACUGGCUUGACCUGAAGCGGACACUGAUGAUGAUCAAGUUUGCGGAGCGCUCGCUGGACACGGCGUGUGGUGUGAGCCUGGAGGACUGGCUGUGCUGCCAGUAUCUGGCGUUUGCCACCACGGACACCCUGAGCCGGGUGGUGCACAUCCUGCAGCAGCCACACGCUCAGUCCCAGAGCCAGCCAGCGCACACAGCACAGAACCAGACUCAAACACAUCACGCACACACCCUCCACCUGACUCAGUCACAGCCACUCUGAGUUCCUCUCCCCAGCUGUUACUAUGGCAACAGAUCCAACUUUCCCCUGUGUGGUCCCCCUGCUGACGCUAAUAUGUGAUGUAAGCUAAUCGUCAGCUUUGUUGUUGCACAAGCCACAGCGCUCACCUAAAACUAAAUGGCUGGUGUGUGCAACGUCUGUGUUUUCUUCAUGGACAGAUCGAUCCAUAGAGGGAGACGCUGUGUUCCCAUCAAACAGGCCAGGCGUCAUGAUCACGGUUAUUCUUAGCGCUCAUUAACAACAGCGGGAUGGUUUAGAGUCCAGCAGAAGAAGUGGCUCAAAUCCAAGACAAAAUGACACAGUGACUUCCUUUAGCUGGUCACAACUGACAUGUGUUACAAAACUCCACCAGUUCUAGAUGGAUAUGCCAGAUGUGGGAGGGAAUUUUAGCUCUGCAAGACAACAGAGUUGUGAUAGCUAUAAAUUAGAAACAGUUUGCAUGGCAGCUGUCUCCAGGAUUUAUUUGAAGUGCUGUCAAAUGGAAUACAUCUGAGAUUUGUUACACAUUGCUAUUUUAUAGAAAAGUUUCAUCAGACAUCUAAAGAUCCACUGUUGGAUUCCCUCAAAGUACUUGUGGAAGCAUCAGAAAUGGAGAUUUAACUCAGUGUUGCGAGGUGUUGUAUUUUAAGCAACAGUUCCUUCUUCAACAGAUGCAGAUUUGAAAUCUGUGGAGAUAAAAAAGAAGCUAUUUGAAAUGAAGGGAAAGUGAGAAAAUGAACAGUCAAAAAGAAGUUUCUAACCAUUGAUGGAUUCUUCCUCUUCAAAAAUCUAAUCGAAUCAGGGUGAGAUAUUUUUUUUAAUCUAGACUGAUCAAAAAGUGAAACAUGUUUUACCACUAAAGCCAAAGAUCUGCCACAAAUAGUCAAUUUUGAGAGUUUUUACCAGAGAUGUUUAUUUCAGUUCAUUACAAAAUGCAGUCACACAUGCAUCCAGUAACUAGAUUUAUUAUUGGUUACUCCCAGUGUUUGCACAGCUGAGACUCAGUUAAAUCAGCGAAAUGUCAAAGCCGGUCUGGAGUUACACAUUAAAUGCUGUUGUAUCAAACCACCCUUCACACUUUGAGGCAGGUGGUGAACACUGUGCUAAUUUCGGCUUUGCAGUUUUCAGUUAACAGGUUUUAGAUGCCUUGAAGUUAAAAUGGAACACAGCUGCCCUGGGUGUUGUUUAGCUUUUUGUCGGAGUUUGUGCAAUUAGUAUCUUCAUUUGUUGUUUCCUUCGGAGGGAACAGCUUAUGAACGUUUAUAUGACAUGAUGCAGUCUUUAACUAAUCCUCUCUUCCAUUAGUUUUGUGGCACAUAAACUGAUUCAUUUCAGCUGAAUCCUGCAAUUUAAGAAACAAAGUUAAGGACUUCUUUCAGCGGUUGGGAGACGGGGAUGUUUCAGGGACUGCAAAACCUUCUUCUUUGUCUGUUGUGUUGUUUUUGUCCAGUUGUUUUUCGAACGGUUCUGUGUUACGGAUGACAUUUGCACAUUCAGCCUGAACGUCGGCGCCCCUCGAUGGGUGCAGGAGAGACUGAGAAGAGUUCCUGUGAAUUUGAGGAACUGGGUUUGCUUUGUUUUGCAGCGUGUGGAAUGUAAACGUUUGCCUGGACUGAAAGAGACAUUUGGGCCUGGUCUCAUCCGCUUCAGAAACACACUCAUCUUCCAACUGAACCACUUUGUUUCACUUAUAAACUCUGUGUAAUGAUCAACCACAGCCUUGAAGAGAGACUUGCUUCCAUUCCUCCUGCCUUGUUUCCCGUCCUCUUUGUUGUUAUCCGGCCAAUAGGACGGCAGAUCUGCUUCGAUGCUCGCUGCUUGUCUUUCAACACAUUUAUUCAGCUUUAAUGAAAUGCGCUCUGUGUUAUUGAUCAGUAUCUUCCAGCCUGGAGUCAAGUGGAAGUAAUACGUGUACACAGGCCUCAGCUUCCCCAGAAAAACAAGAAGAAAAUGUUUGACUUUUAUGCACAUGGGUUUAUUUUGUGGUUAUGAUGAUCCAACAGCCUGAAAACCAUCUUUAACUCAGAACUAAACAGUACUCGUGGGCUUUUUUUUAAGUCUCGGUGGACGAUGUUUUCAAACUGACACUGCAAAAAGGCUUUCAAAAGUUUACUUCACUUGCUCUGGUUAAGUUUGUCUUUUCAUAUCCGAAAACUGCAGCAGUUCAGCUUGUCACUGGGGGGAAAAUGUACUUUUGGGAUCAGGAUCCUGUGAUCGUUUUACUGCAGAUGUACAAUACAAGACUUAAUGGUCCAUGGAGUGAAAAUGAGACAAAGCAGGUGUGAGUUUGUUGCUGCGUUUAAAGGGUUUGUGUGCUGAGGAAUGUGUGUGGACAGCACUGGUGGCUGUCCUUGUGUCUAGAGAUUUAAGCCUUUAUAUAGUAUAUAUAGUAUAAAUAUAUAUAAUCUUUAUCUAUUUUAAUCCACACACUAUUUUGUCGAGUACGGAGCACCUCUAUUUCUGUCUGUAGAGAGUCUAAAUAUCAUUUAUUCAUUUUUAAAGCUUUACUUGACUUUCUUCAGCCUCGCUUGUUUUGGGGGAAGAAAAAGGUGAGUAGUUAUCACUGUCCUGAACAAAGGAUGAAUGACAGACCUUUUAUUCUUCAAGCCACAUGAUGAGCAGCAUUAAUAUACAGAGCAGUGUACAGUAUUUUUACCCCUCUUGUAAAGCUAUCUGCUUAGAUGAACCACUUUGAAAGGAGGCUGAAGAAUGACUUGAACGCACCAUUAAAACCCAGCGUUCAUCAAGCGUGCGACCUGCAGCGAAAAUCGCUUCUUUGCUCUCUUUGCUCUGGUUUUUCUCUCUGCAUUGUUAAUUGCCACUAAACAGAAAAACAAAAGCUCUCUAAGGCUUUCUAUUAAUAUGUGUACAGUAUGUCUCCUGGCCCGCCGCCAUUUAUUGUUGAUCAAGUUAACCAACAGUAACAGAACAAUAAAUAUAUGUUUUUAUA